AUGGGCGGAGUUACGGUUCGCGAUGUCGACGCGCAAAAGUUCAUCACAGCCUACGCUGCUUUCCUGAAGCGUCAGGGCAAGCUCCCUAUCCCUGGUUGGGUUGACACUGUCAAGACCUCCGCCUCCAACGAACUCCCUCCCCAGGACGCCGACUGGUACUACGUCCGCGCUGCCGCCGUCGCCCGUCACAUCUACCUCCGCAAGACCGUCGGUGUUGGCCGCCUGCGCAAGGUUCACGGUUCUACCAAGAACCGUGGUGCCCGCCCCGCCCACCACGUUGACGCCUCCGGCUCUGUCGAGCGCAGGGUCCUCCAGUCCCUUGAGAAGAUCGGUGUUCUCGAGCAGGACGAGGACAAGGGUGGCCGCCGCAUCACCCAGUCCGGCCAGCGUGAUCUUGACCGAAUUGCCAAGACCACCGUUGACGAGGAGGAGUCGGAUGACGAGUAAAUUAGUGUCGGAUUCUAAGCUAAUGAAAAAGUCCUGACGUUCUACCUUUUUUU